AUGCAACAGCACCAAAUGCAGCAGCAGCAGCAGCAUCACUACCCUCAGCACACUGGGCAGACCGGAGUCGGAUACAUGGGUCAACCAGGAUCUCAACAGCCUUACGCACCUCAAGGACAUCCUCCACCACAACAGCAGCAGCAGCAGCCACUACCUCCUGCACAGCAGAAACCGGUAGUUCCUGGUGGAUAUGCAGGUGCACCAAUGCCGACAGCCAGGCCUGGCCCCACCCCAACUCCUGGGAUGCCCGGCCAGCCACCUCAGGGGCGCUACGGUCAGGCUGCAUUUCCUCAGGCAUCGGUCGGCCAGAGCAUACCACAUGGGCAGCCCUUUCCGCCAGGCGCUGCCCCCACCGGGGCACAGGGACCACCGCAUCCCGGCCCUCCCCAACAGAGCAUGCCCCAGGGCCCCCCUCCACAGCCCGCACAACCACAGCCUCCAUAUGGUGGCGCUCCGCCCGUGUCACAAGCCUACCCAGGCUACCCCCCUCAUGCCACCCUCUCCUCUUCUCUUGCCGCUACAUUGGCGGACAACCACCAGGCUGCCGCGACGAGCACGGGCACGCCAUUCAACCCCCAGGCCACGACUUCUGGGCUCCACAACCAUCCCUCGGAGCCUUUGACGCUGGACGGCAACUACCAGACGUGUGUCCGCAACGCGGGCUCGUUGAUGCGGCCGCCGCCACUCCGCAGCAACUUCACGCGAUGCAACAGCACAACAAUGCAGCAGCAGCAGCAUCACUACCCUCAGCACACUGGGCAGACCGGAGUCGGAUACAUGGGUCAACCAGGAUCUCAACAGCCUUACGCACCUCAAGGACAUCCUCCACCACAACAGCUAGCAGCAGCAGCCACUACCUCCUGCACAGCAGAAACCGGUAGUUCCUGGUGGAUAUGCAGGUGCACCAAUGCCGACAGCCAGGCCUGGCCCCACCCCAACUCCUGGGAUGCCCGGCCAGCCACCUCAGGGGCGCCUACGGUCAGGCUGCAUUUCCUCAGGCAUCGGUCGGCCAGAGCAUACCACAUGGGCAGCCCUUUCCGCCAGGCGCUGCCCCCACCGGGGCACAGGGACCACCGCAUCCCGGCCCUCCCCAACAGAGCAUGCCCCAGGGCCCCCCUCCACAGCCCGCACAACCACAGCCUCCAUAUAGUGGCGCCCCGCCCGUGUCACAGGCCUACCCAGGCUACCCCCCUCAUGCCACCCUCUCCUCUUCUCUUGCCGCUACAUUGGUGA